UCCAUCUUCGCCCAUCGAUUCACUGUCUUGAAGUGAUAGGAGAUGGCUUUUGCCUUUGUUGAACAUUGAAUAGGCUCUCAUAUCACUCUUCUUUCCCACUUUUCUGUUGAAGGGUAAUCUCCGGAAUCAGCGGCCAAGUGCCGCCAUCCUAUAGCCCAUGGCCUUCCAAGUCCCGUUCUCUAUGCCAAACCUGGCGGCAGUGACAUCGGAUGCUUGGCCUUCUCUGUCCAAAAUACUGAAUGCGCCCUGGAAACUGAUCGAGCACUCCGCCUCCGCCUCCGCCCCUCAGCUGAAACGUACCGGCCACGAAACCAGUUCGAUUGAAACUCGCCAAAUUGCGCUCCCCGAAUGUCUGACCACAGUAUCCUCCGAGGCUCUUAGAUCGGCUGUCAUGUACAAGCCGGCGGCAUCUGGAAUGACUCGCUCCCUGUUCGCUGCGACCACUCUUUGGGUUCCGCCAUCGACCGCUAGCCGUCGUCUUGCCACACCCGCCUCUCGCCUUUUCUCCACGCUGACCGCAAAUCCGACCCGCAUCCGCCACGCCCCGCACCUACAUGGACUCUCACGUCUCCAACAACAGCGGUACCUCUUUGGGGGUCCGUCUCAGGCCUUACUAGCGCAGAGGGAGAAAACCGCGAACAACAAUCCCAGUAGCGCGAACGCUCAAAAUGCCUUCUACCAGGCUCUUCUGCGCGCGAACCAUCCAGCCAUCAUCCUUGAACGGUACAGAUCCGGGUACUUUGCUAGUAACGCGGCCACUGAGGCGAUCUAUCACAAGGCUUUGCAACGGGUCAAUGGGAUCGAUGGCUCAACAUCUUUCUUAGGCGCCAACCAACAGUCCAAUCCUGACCUGCUUCAUCAACUUAAGCCCGAGCAAAUACAAGCUAUUGGUCAGGCUGUUGGUGCUAAAGGUAUUCAUGGCAAAGUACACGCGGCACCCGGCCAAACCGGCACUGGAGCUAAAGAAGCACCUCUGUACGUCGUGGUCGAGGAGUCAAGGGGAAGCACUAUUUUCCGCUGGGUGAGAUUCUUUAUCACGAUGGCGUUCAUCGCAUACCUGUCUUGGGUGAUUCUCGCUGUCGUCCUUGAGACCUCUGGUGUUUUGCGAAACGUCAAGGGCCCGCAGAACAACGAAGCUCAACCCGAACACCAGACCGUGCGCUUCAGCGACGUUCAUGGAUGCGACGAGGCCAAGGACGAGUUGCAGGAACUUGUUGAAUUCUUGAUCAAUCCUGAACGGUUCUCCUCGCUCGGUGGCAAACUGCCGAAGGGUGUCCUUCUGGUCGGUCCCCCUGGUACUGGCAAGACUCUACUCGCGCGUGCUGUGGCAGGUGAAGCCGGUGUGCCUUUCUUCUUCAUGUCUGGGUCGGAAUUCGACGAAGUCUACGUUGGUGUCGGCGCCAAGCGUGUUCGGGAUCUGUUCACUCAAGCCCGCAGCAAAUCCCCUGCCAUCAUUUUCAUCGACGAGUUGGACGCCAUUGGUGCAAAGAGAAACGAAAGGGAUGCCGCGUAUGUGAAGCAGACUUUGAAUCAGCUGCUUACCGAGCUCGAUGGAUUCAGUCAGAGCAGUGGAGUCAUCAUCAUCGCAGCGACCAACUAUCCUCAGCUGCUUGACAAGGCUCUCACGCGCCCUGGUCGUUUUGAUCGGAAGGUAGUUGUCGGUCUUCCAGACGUUCGCGGUCGCAUGGAGAUUCUGAACCACCACAUGAAGAGCGUGCAAAUCGGCACUGAUGUUGACGUGGAGGUCAUUGCUCGUGGCACUUCUGGGUUCUCGGGUGCUGACCUUGAGAAUCUUGUCAACCAGGCCGCAAUUUAUGCCAGCAGGAACAAGAAGACCAAGGUCGGACCCAAGGAUUUCGACUAUGCCAAGGACAAGAUCAUAAUGGGCGCGGAGGCUCGCAGCCGGGUGAUCCAGGAUAAGGACAAGCUUCUGACUGCUUACCACGAGGCCGGCCACGCUCUCGUUGCUUACUUCUCGAAAUCCUCCAUGCCGCUCUAUAAGAUCACUAUCGUGCCCCGCGGAAUGGCGUUGGGUAUCACACAUUUCCUGCCUGAGAUGGACAUGGUUUCCAAGGAUUACACCCAGUAUCUGUCGGAUAUUGAUGUCGCCAUGGGUGGCAAAGCUGCGGAGGAGCUCAUCUUUGGCCCUGAUAAGGUCACCAGUGGUAUCUCGGCUGAUAUUGAAGCAGCCACCAAGACCGCUUUUGCUCUCGUCACUCAAUUUGGGUACUCCAAGAAACUUGGAAAUGUCGACUUGAUGUCCAACUACAGCAGCCUGUCCUCGGAAACGAAACAAGAAAUCGAAGCCGAGGUUCGACGCAUCGUCGAGGAGGCUCGCGUUCGCGCCACCAACAUUCUGACCGAGAAGCACAAGGAGCUCGAACUGUUGACCCAGGCUCUGAUCAAGUACGAGACCCUGACUAAGGAAGAGAUGGAGAAGGUUCUGCGAGGGGAGAAGCUCGACAAGCUGGAAACAGCGCCGGCCGCUCCCAUCAAGUUGCCCGAGGUUCUGCGGGCUGCCAAGUUGCCCUCGCCGAACCCCGAGGACAUGCCCCCAGUAGCCACGAAUUCCGCCAACGAAUGAAGCGCGAGCCGCUAUUCCUGACUUUUUUUGACCUUGACUUUCGACCUAUGUCCUCUCCUCUCUCCCCUUUGAACCUUAUCGUUGUGGAGGCUUAUCAGCAGAGCCCGAUAGCCUUUGCACCAUCAUCUUCACUACAUUCCCGAAUUCGAUCUACCACGGAA